AUGUCAAGAUCUUCAACUCCUGGCAAUAAAAGAGCUAGUGGUAGAGUACGUCGUCAUAGUGAAGUUUCUAAUGAAUCGGAAAUCAAAACACCAAAUCAUGAUGAUGAUCAUGAUGAUCAAGAAGAAGAUGAACUUCAAGAUCGUAAAAGAAGGAGAAGUAAUAUAAACUAUUCAUUAGCUAGGAAAUAUAACCAUGGGAGUUCAAAUUCAACACCAAAUGGUAAAUCAUCUAAAAAAAGUGACAAACAUUUACAUAAUGGGCUUAAUUCAAAUCAAAUAAUUAAAUCAACUAAAGAUUCAAACUUCAUUGAAGAUUCUAGAUCAUUGAAAUCUCAUCAAAAAAAUAUUCAAAAUCUAUCUGGUAUAGAUCAAUUAGCAUAUUUAUCAUCAAAACAUUCGCUUUUAACUGAAGAAUUAUUCCAUUUGAAAAGAUUUACCUCUUUAGCAACUUGGGAUCCUGAUUCUCAACCAUCAAAAUAUUAUCAUGAUUUUGUUGAAGAGGAUUAUGAUCUUUGGAAUAAUAAUAAUAAAGAUCAAAAAUCAAUACCCAAUGGUAGAAAAUCAAGACAUAGUUCAAGGGUUCAACAAAUUGAUCCAUUAAAACAAAAAAUUGAUGAAUUAAGUAUUCAAUAUGAUCCUGAAUUAUUUAAUCCUUCUCAAUUUUAUGAAGAUAAUUUCCUUAUUGAACAAACUAAAGAACAUAAACCUCAAAGAAAGGGUAAAUCAAUCAUUAUACAUCCCAUAGAAUCACCAGCUAAAUCAAAAAUAAAGCAAGAAAAUGAAUCACUGUCAUCUCCAUCACAACCACCAUCAUCAACAGGAAGAGGAAGAGGAAGAGGGAGAAAACCUAGAUCUCCUUCACCACAACCUUCACCACAACCAAAGAAACGUGGAAGAAAACCUGGUUCUAAAAAUAUCAAAAAGGAACCAAUUGAGCAAGAACAAGAUGAGGAAGAAGAUCAAAAUAGUGAAGAUGUUGAAAUCAAACAAGAUUCAAGUGAUGAAGAUUCAGAGUUUGACAUUGAAACUCCACCACCUUUUUUCCCUAAUGAUUCAAUACCCAAAGUUAAAUUUAAAUUUUCAUUACCAAAACCUUUAAUCACAAAUCCUGAUCAUAUCCCCAAACCACAGUUCAAUUCACUUGAUGAAUUUUUAAAAUCUUAUAAAUCAUUAGAUGAAGAUAUCACAAUAGAAGAAUACAAUGAACAUAUCUCAGAACAACAAUCAUUAAUUACCAAAAUCCAAAAAGCUGUUGAUAAUAAUGUCUUAACUAUUGAUAAUGAAUUCAAUUUCCAUAAAGUUCCACCUCCAUUCCCUUUCAGAAAUCCUUUAUUAAAUCAACAUACUCAUAAUGAUCAUUUAGUUGGUCAAGCUGUUCAUAUGUCUAAACUUUUUGAAAAUUCAAGAAAAUCACGUAUCCAAAGAGCAAGAAAAAUUGCUAAUAUGAUUGAAGUUCAUUUUAAAAGAGCUGCUGGUGCUGCAGAAAGAGCUAAAAAGGAAGAAGAAAGACGUAUUAAAACUUUGGCAAGAAAUGCUGUACAAGUUGUUAAAAAAAGAUGGAUGUUGGCUGAAAGAGCUUAUAAAAUUUUAAAAAAUCAAGAAGCUGAAGAAUUAAGACGUAUAAAAGGUAAAGAACAUUUAAGUCAAAUGUUGGAACAUUCAACUCAAUUAUUAGAAGCUCAAAUGACUAAACAAGAUGAUGCUGAUAAUGAUGUGGAAAUGUUGAGUGAUGAAGAUGAUGAUGCUAAAAAUGAAGUUAAUAUACCUGAUGAUGAAGAAGAUGCUAAUUUGACAGUGGAGGAGUUAAGAGCUAAAUAUGCACAUUUACAAGAUUUAAAAGAAAGUGAAGAAGAAGAAGAAGAACAAGAGGAAGGAGAAGAAGAAGAAGAAACUGAAAUUGUUCAACCAGAAUUAACUGAAAAAGAACUUGAAGCUAUAAAACAAGCUAAUGAAGAAUCAGACUCGAUGUUGGAUAGUGAUGAUUCAUUAGAUUCAGAUGACGAAUCAUCAAGUGAAGAAGAAUCAGAUGAAGAAGUUAGUGAAGAUGAUGGUAAACCAAGUGGAUUAGCUUCAUUAUUUGGUUCAGUUCCUCAACAAGAAGAAAGUGAUGAUGAAAGUGCAACUUAUUCAGAUAAUAAUGAAAAAAUUGAAGAAGAUGAAGAAUCUAAUGCAGAUGAUGAAAAAGAUGAAGAAGAAACUAAAGAAAAUUCCACUCCAAGUUCAACACCUGAUGUUAUUGAUAAAACAGAAGUUGAAGAAUCUACUAAAAAAUCAAGAUCAACUUCUGUUGAACCAAAUGAUGGUGUUGUUGAUGUACCAAAUCCUGAUUUAUUAUUAAGAGGUAAUUUAAGAACUUAUCAAAAACAAGGUUUAAAUUGGAUGGCAAGUUUAUAUAAUAAUCAUACCAAUGGUAUUCUUGCAGAUGAAAUGGGUCUUGGUAAAACAAUUCAAACAAUUUCUCUUUUAUGUUAUUUAGCUGUUUAUAAAGAAAUUUGGGGUCCACAUUUAAUUGUUGUUCCAACAUCUGUUUUAUUAAAUUGGGAAAUGGAAUUUAAAAGAUUUGCUCCAGGUUUUAAAGUUUUAGUUUAUUAUGGUUCACCUCAACAAAGAAAAGAUAAAAGAAAAGGUUGGAAUAAACCUGAUACUUUCCAUGUUUGUAUAACUUCUUAUCAAUUAGUUGUUCAAGAUCAUCAAAUUUUUAGAAGAAAACGUUGGAGAUAUAUGAUUUUAGACGAAGCUCAUAAUAUCAAAAAUUUUAAAUCUAAUCGUUGGAAUGCAUUAUUAAAUUUCAAUACAGAAAAUAGAUUAUUAUUAACAGGUACUCCAUUACAAAAUAAUAUCAUGGAAUUAUGGUCAUUAUUAUAUUUCUUGAUGCCUUCUUCAAAAGUUAAUCAAGCCAUGCCAUCAGGCUUUGCAAACUUGGAUGAUUUUCAAACAUGGUUUGGUAAACCAGUUGAUAAAAUCAUUGAAGGUGGUGAUAAUUCAGAAGUUGAUGAAGAAACUAAAAAAACUGUUCAUAAAUUACAUCAAGUCCUUAGACCUUAUUUAUUACGUCGUUUAAAAGCAGAUGUUGAAGCUCAAAUGCCUGCUAAACAUGAACAUGUUGUUUAUUGUCGUUUAUCCAAGAGACAAUAUAAAUUAUAUCAUGAAUAUUUGGCAAGAAGUGAUACAAGAGAAACUUUGAAAAAUGCAAAUUAUAUUUCAAUUAUUAAUGCAUUGAUGCAAUUAAGAAAAGUUUGUAAUCAUCCAGAUUUAUUUGAAGAAAGACCAAUUACUACAUCAUUUGCCAUUUCACAGGCAAUUCCAACAAAUUAUGAAGUUACAAAUUCUAUAGUGGAGAAAUUGUUCCAUUUAAAAGAUAAUGAUGAAAAAAUUGAUUUAAAAGUUGUUAAUUUAAUUUUUACAACUUUUGAAUAUGAAUUUACAAGACAUCAAGGAUCAUCUAUUCAAAAAGCAAGUAUUCAAGAAUCACUUAUAAAGCAAAUCAAAAGUUUAGAAGAUUCAUUAUCAUCUGAUAUUGUUGAAUCAAAUUAUUCUGAUAUUAAAGAAUUUUAUAAAUAUUCAAAACGUUUAAAUAAAUUGGAAUUUUUAGAAAAAUUGAAACAUACACUUUAUUUAAAUGAAUUAAGAACUGAUAGAGUACCAAUUCAUGGCUAUAGUUUCCUUAGAAUGUUGAAUAUUUUUGAACCAGUUCAAACAGAAUCUAUUCAUCAAGAAGAAUAUAUAAAACCUUUAGAAACUAGAAUUUUAUCAAUGAAGGAAGAAAUUGAUAGAUUUGCAUUUGUUACACCUGCUGUUGUUACUAUGAAUAUGAAACAUUUAUCAGUUACAAAAGAAUUAGAACAAGAAUUAAUUUCAAAUGAUAAUAAGAUUUCAAAUCCAUUUCAUAAAUUACAAACUAAAUUAUCAAUUCAAUUCCCUGAUAAAAAUUUAUUAUUAUAUGAUUGUGGUAAAUUACAGAAAUUAGCAAAAUUAUUACAACAAUUAAAAGAUGGUGGUCAUCGUGCUUUAAUUUUCACACAAAUGACAAAAGUCUUGGAUGUUUUAGAACAAUUUUUAAAUAUUAUGGGUAUUAGAUAUAUGAGAUUAGAUGGUGCUACUAAGAUUGAAGAUCGUCAAAUUUUAACUGAAAGAUUUAAUUCUGAUCCAAAAAUCACAGUAUUUAUAUUAUCAACAAGAUCAGGUGGGUUAGGUAUUAAUCUUACUGGUGCAGAUACUGUUAUUUUUUAUGAUUCGGAUUGGAAUCCAGCCAUGGAUAAACAAUGUCAAGAUCGUUGUCAUCGUAUUGGUCAAACAAGAGAUGUUCAUAUUUAUAGAUUUGUUAGUGAAUAUACCAUUGAAUCAAAUAUAUUGAAGAAGGCUAAUCAAAAGAGACAUUUAGAUAAUGUUGUUAUUCAAGAAGGUGAAUUCAAUACAGAUUAUUUUGGUAAAUUAUCUGUUAAAGAUUUAGUUGGUGAAGAAAUUGGUGAUGGUGAUAAUUUACUUGAUGAAAAACCAUUAUUUGGUGAUUCCACUAAAAUUGGUAAUGUAUUGGCACAAGCUGAAGAUGAUGCAGAUGCAGCAGCAGCUAAAGAAGCUAUGAAAGAAGCAGAUUUAGAUAAUGAAGAAUUUGAUGAAGAUAAAUCAACACAAGCUAAUUCUAAAAAUGGGACACCUGGUGUUACUAAUGAUAAUAAAGUUGGUAUUGCAGGUGAUGAAUUUGAUGAUGAUGAUAAUUAUGGUCACAUUGAUGAAUAUAUGAUUAGAUUUAUUGCCAAUGGACAUUACUAUGAUUAA